AUUCAGCCAAGCCGAAGUUUGCUGUACAAGGAAGAGUUGCGUGUUUUCUAGUUGUAAAAGUGAUUUAAUAACGAAUUUUACGGUUCAUCGGUUAAAAAAAAAAAAAAAAAAAAAAAAGUGAAAAGGAGACGCAAAAAUGUCUGUUGCUGGCUUGAAGAAACAGUUUUAUAAAGCAAGUCAGAUGGUGAGCGAGAAAGUGGGCGGAGCAGAAGGCACAAAGCUCGAUGAAGACUUCAAGGACCUGGAGAGGAAGGCUGAUAUCACCAGUAAGGCCAUAGUGGAAGUGCUGUCAAGGACAUCAGAAUAUCUGCAGCCCAACCCAGCAUCCCGGGCUAAGCUGUCCAUGCUGAGCACCGUGUCUAAAAUCCGGGGCCAGGUGAAGAGCACAGGCUACCCUCAGGCCGAGGGGCUUCUGGGGGAGUCCAUGGUCCGAUACGGCCGUGAGAUGGGUGAGGAUACCAACUUCGGUGGCGCACUUGUUGAGGUCGGGGAGUCUAUGAAGAGGCUGGCAGAAGUAAAAGACUCUCUGGAUAUUGACGUGAAGCAGAACUUUAUCGACCCUUUCCAGACCAUCGUGGACAAGGACCUCAGGGACAUCCAGCACCAGCUGAAGAAAUUGGAAGGCCGUCGCCUGGACUACGACUACAAGAAGAAGCGUCAGGGGAAGAUUCCGGACGAGGAGCUCCGCGCGUCCCUGGAGAAGUUCCACGAGUCCAAAGAAGCAGCGGAGAUGAGCAUGCACAACCUCCUGGAGACGGACGUGGAACAGGUGAGCCAGCUCUUUGCUCUGGUGGAAUCCCAGCUACAGUACCACAAGCAGGCCGUGGACGUGCUGGAGGAGCUGUCCAACCAAAUGAGGCAGAGAUUGGACAAUGCCCAGUCUCAGCCUCGUCAGAAGCGCAUGCCCAAGCGUCUACCCAGCUUCGACUCCUGGGACCCGGAGCCGCCUAACGAGGGCUUCAGCCCCAUGGCGGUGGCUCCCGCAUCCGCAGCCCCUCCCCUACCCAACAGAACAUCUCUACGUCAGAAAUGUCGCUCUACGGACCAGCCAUGCUGUAAGGCCCAGUACGACUUCGAGCCAGAGAACGAGGGAGAGCUUGGCUUCCGCGAGGGUGACGUCAUCACGCUGACCAGCCAGAUCGACGAGAACUGGUACGAGGGCGUGCUCCGUGGCCAGACAGGCUACUUCCCCUGCAGCUACGUGGAGGUGAUGGUGCCCCUACCCCACUGACCCACCACUAACACGAGGGAUGGACGGAGAGAAGGAGAGCGAGCGAGGGACAGAAAGAUGGAUGGAGCCAUUGGGCACAGGACGGGGUGGGGAGGGAGAAUCGGAGACAAAAGCGGAGGCUAAGGGAACAGCCAAGGCUAAGGGAACAGCCAAGGCUAAGGGAACAGUAGUUGAACAGUUCGCUAAGACAGCGAGACAUGGCCGUAGGGUUCACGUAUGGGUUUUUUUUGGUGCACUUUUCCAGUUUCCCAGCGUGUCUCUUCAUUGAGAAUGCAAUAGCACGGGGCUUAUUUGUAUGGGUCACUCUCUCUAAAACGCUGCUAUAUCUUUACCAUGAAAUCCAUAAAACGCUUACUGUGCCCUUUUGCCGGGCUCAGCAGGGCCUUUAAUAGAAAUAUAUAGAUUCUGUUUUUUUUCUUGAAUCUCUUUUUUUCUCUCUGAAAUAUCAGGCAUGUACUUCUUUAAUCUUCAAAUUUUCUUGAAAAUUUAGUCCCUCUCCGCACUACACUAAGCAGGCUUGUCUUGCCUAUUUAAGAUGUCUCUCUUUUAUAUGUGCUUGCUGCCACCUAGUGGCCAUGUUGUGAUACAACACAAACAAUCUGGACAGCAUACUACAUGUAAAAUAGGCACGUCACCACGUUGGAUCUGAACCGGUAUGUGGUCUUUGUAUACCUGCCUGCCCUUUUGAUACGAGAUCCUCUGAUCUGAAAGUCAGAGCAUCGUCACCUUUCUUUGUUGUGUGACCUUUGCUAGUGUCAUUGUAUUUGAUAAUGGUAUUGCACAGAUGUCUCCAGUGCUGGAAUCCAGCGUUGCCAGGUCUGCCUAACGAUGCUUUGGCCUUUCCUGUAGCUGGCUGGAGGAGACCAAAGAAACAACAGAAUUUAAGCAGAUGCUUACUUGUUUAUCAGCAAAUACGUCAGGACUCUGAUCUUUGUUUACAGGCCACAGCGGUUGAUGGAUAGAAGUGCCUGAGGUUAAGUGUUGGACGUGUGAGUGAGUGAAUGUUAAUGAGUGUGAGAGUUGGCGAGUGUGUUUCACAGGGAUGAAUCUUUGUCAUAAAGGGAAACUGAGCUGUUGUCAUUUUGAUUAUGAUCUUCAUUUGAGUUGAUGCCCAAACCCCGCCUCCUCCACAUGCACGCGCGCACGCACACACACACACACGCUGCUCUCAGUGUGCGCUGUGCUGUGUCCUUCUCUAUAAAACUAUCCUCGUCAGUCUUUCCUCCACGGCCGGCAAGGCUGGAGUGGCUUCUCUCUGACUGUAAACUUGAUAUUUUGGGACCAGUUUUGGGUUUUUUUUGUCUUCUCAGCAAAACACACAUGUAUAGGUAGGAAAGAACAACUUGGUUCCAGCCAAAUGUUUACAUCUCUUGGUAUUUUCUUCUUUUCUUUGUAAAACGUUAU